AUGACUACCACCCCGUCCGCGUUCGUUGACACAAUCAACGUCAACGAGAUCUCACAAUCUCAAGGCUUCGAUUCAGCAGCCCAAAUCGCCACCGAAAAUGAACAUAACCUUAGCUUUCGAGAAGCGUUCCGCCGCUACCCUACAGCAGCGUUUUGGGCCAUUGCCAUCUCCUUCACAAUCGUCAUGGAAGGCUACGACACGAUCUUGAUGGGCAACUUCUACGCCUACCCAGCGUUCAGGAGGAAGUACGGAACAUAUUACCCAGACCUCGGCGAGUGGGAGAUUGAUGCUUCUUGGCAAGCUGCACUUGGAGAUGCGGCUACGUGUGGAUCAUUUGUUGGAUUGUUGAUCAAUGGUUAUGUUACCGAGAAAUUUGGACACAGACAUGUUAUCAUGGCUGCUUUGGUGGUCAUGUCGGCAUUCAUCUUCUUGCCGUUCUUUGCGCCAAACAUCCAAGUUCUGCUGGCUGGUCAAGUGCUUUGUGGAAUUCCUUGGGGUAUCUUUGCAAUCAUGGGGUCGUCUUAUGCUUCUGAAGUUUGUCCUUUGGCAUUAAGAGGCUUCUUGACUUCUUUUGUCAAUAUAUGCUGGGUCAUCGGUCAGCUUAUCGCAGCUGGUGUAUUGCAAGGUCUCGUCAGCAAUACUACGGAGUGGGGAUAUCGUAUUCCUUUCGCCAUUCAAUGGUCCUGGCCCAUCCCUCUGUUCCUCGUGGCUUUGUUUGCCCCCGACUCCCCUUGGUGGUUGGUCCGCAAGGGUCGGUUGGCGGAUGCAGAGAAAGCCCUCGUGAGGCUUUCUUCUAGCUCGACUCUAGCCGAGAUCAGAUUGAAGUUGGCCAUGAUGGUGCACACCGACAAACUAGAGCAGGCAAUGAGGACUGAGUCAAGCACCUUGGACUGUUUCCGCGGAACCAAUCUUCGCCGGACCGAGAUUGCUUGUAUGGUGCUUGCUGCGCAAGAGCUAUCUGGAGAAGCAUUCGCUUAUGGCAGUACAUACUUCUUCACUCAAGCGGGUCUCAGUUCGUCAAAUUCGUACAAGCUAAACUUUGGUGGGACUGGAGUUGCUUUUGCAGCAACAUGCGGAUCCUGGGUCGCGAUGAACUUCUUUGGUCGCCGUACAAUGAUUAUUACUGGCAUGACGAUAAUGUCUUUGCUUCUCCUCAUCAUUGGCGUCUUAUCGUACCCUGCAGUCCAUAACGAUGGAGCGACUUGGACACAAGCUGUUCUAACCCUGGUAUGGCUGGGUGUCUACUCUCUCACACUCGGUCCACAAUCAUUCGCUCUUGCAGCUGAGAUCUCGGCAACUCGAGUACGCUCGCAAACCAUCGCACUAGCUCGGAACAGCUACAACGUCGUCCAAAUCAUCUGCAAUACCGUUGAGCCGUACCUCAUCAAUCCCACUGAAGCAAAUCUCAAGGGCAAGACUGCCUUCGUGUGGAUGGCGACUGCGAUUUUGACUCUCAUAUGGUGUAUUUUUCGCCUUCCGGAGACUAAGGACUUGACUUAUGAGGAACUUGAUAUUUUGUUUGAGAAGGGGGUCCCGGCUUGGAGGUUCAAGAGGACCAAUGGUGACCUCAGGAGUAAGGAUACAGGAGGAGCUUCCAUUGGAAGAGAAGAGAGUCAUUCCAGCGACAGUGAUGAAGCUGAUGCGAGGUGA